AUGGCGUCCUCCGAUCUAACGACCCCAAAGUUGACUGUUAACGAUAUCCUCGGAUUCAGCGACGCGGAGCUCGUGCAGUACAUGAAGCAAAACCGCCGUGAUGAUGGCGGGUUUGGUCUCGAGUUCGACGGUUGGGAGAAUCUGGCCGAGGAGCAGCGCGACCAGCUGGCUCAGCGAUUGAAGGCCGGGGCGCUUCAGGCCAAUGACAAGACGAAGUCCCGCCCGGUCGACUUGGACGUUGUCGCCGCACGACUGCGUGAAAUCUCCGACAACCAAGACGCGCUGCCGCCAACAAAAGAAGCCGAGACGAAUGCGUACCACGAACUGGUCAAGGGCGGCGGCCGCCCGCUCUAUCCAAUCAGUCUUCGGGAGGAGGUGCUGAACAAUCCCGAAGGACAUCGCGAGAUGCUGCUGCCAUGGCAGUCUCGUCCAAAUCCGAGCAGACUCGACGGGAACUUGUUCCGCGUACAACUGGUGAGGUGGAAGGCUUUCCGCAAUUGGCAGAAAUACAACCGAGGUAUAUACAACAAGGAAGAGGAGUUUGCUGCCUAUUUUGAGGAAGAGAGGCGCAGAAAGGCAGAGGUAGAAGCCAACAUGAGCAGAUCCAGACGGCGAGACCAUGAGGCUUCUAAGAGACGGUAUGUUGAGCGGCUUCGGGUUAAGUUCAAGAAAAUGCAAGAGGAGAAGGGCGUUGAUGAUGGGGAGGCAGGAUUUCUAGCUUUUGUCGAGGAGGAGAAGCGGCAAGACUUAGAGGCCGGAACGUGGUGGCCCGGGAUGACAGACGACGAAUAUCGACAGACGCUCAGGGUCUGGUUUAAUAGGGAUGAGUACUGGCGCUACCGAGAGUACUUUUUGUGGUUGCGCGAGGACAACGGCCGGGGCGGGUUUCCCGAAUAUGUUGCCGAGGCCAAGCGCCGCCUCGCAAAACACGGCUUUACGCGGACCUUCCAGCUCGAUAAAGACCCGGCACGACAAGACAAGCUAACGACAUGGAUCGAAUACCUCAAUUACGAGUACUCGUGGCACGAUCGAUACGAGCGUUCCAUCAAGCGGCUGCGGCCAGAGUACGAUGAAGCCUGGAAGAAGCUGGUAGACUCUGGAGUGUUACGGCCGGGGGAGACGGACCAGACCGUACGCAUAACCGAAGCUGCGUUUCGACGUGCGAGCGAAAGAGAGCAGGCCGAUGAGGCUGUAGCAUCCGCCGUAGCGGCCGCCAAAGCAGCUUUGUCAGAGACGGAGAGAGCCAAGACUGGGCGCUCAAGGUUCACCACGCAAGAGCGCAAACAGAAAUUAGCAGCAGCUCACUCCAGGCUAAUCGCGGCCAAGGAGGCGCUCCGGAUGGUCAAGAGGCGAAACGAUCUCAUCAUAGAGUUCAUCAAGGGAACGUGGACCUACCGAGAGCAGAAGAAAAAUCUAUACCUUCAGCAUCUUCUACUGCAAUAG